AUGUCUGGAUCUCUUUUGGCUUCCGAUUUGUUUGACAUAAAGGGGAUCGUUGCAGUGGUCACUGGGGGCGGAAGCGGUACGUGGUGCACUCCAUCUUGUUUUUGUUCUUACAAACUCACAAACAGUCCGACAGGUCUUGGUCUUCUCAUAACACGAGCAUUAGCUGUGAACGGAGCUAAAAAGGUCUUUAUCCUGGGUAGAAGGAAGAAUGUGUUAGAAGAUGCAGCCCGAGAUAUUGGUUUCGACAACGUGAUACCAGUCCAAUGCGACAUAACGAACCAACAAGAUUUGAAGACCGCUGUUACCUUAAUUGAGAAAGACGUCGGGUAUAUCAAUCUGCUUGUUGCCAAUUCGGGAAUUGGUGGCCCAUCCGGCAGCGCCCCCCCACAAGCCAGCAUUUCGCAAGUUCAGGAUGUUUUAUUCAACAUUCCAAUGGAUGAGUUUACGAAUACUUUCCAUGUCAACUCUACUGGGGUUUUCUACACCAUAGUUGCCUUCCUAUCGUUGCUCGAUGCUGGAAACAACGACAAGACUUAUCAAAACGGGAGAAGCCAAGUCAUCGCUACCAGCAGCAUCGGAGGUUUCCAUCGGAAAAUUACCGCAGGAUUCGCCUAUAGCAUCAGCAAGGCAGCUACGACAAUGCUGAUGAAGGUUUUGGCAACUUACUUAGUGCCUUACAGAAUCAGGGCGAACAUCAUAUGCCCGGGCAUAUUCCCAACCGACUUAACAGCUUCCCUGAUUGAUGAGAAGGAGCCCACCGAAGAGGGUGCCUUUCCACUGGAUCAAAUCCCAGCUGAACGAGCAGGUUUACCAGAAGAUAUUGCGGGUCCAUUGUUAUAUCUUGCAUCACGGGCAGGAGCCUACUGUAAUGGUAAUUGCGUUAUCACGGACGGGGGGCGACUGAGUGUGCUCCCGGCCACUUAUUAG